GAGAUACAGUGUCACUUCCCCUCCUGGUAGUCCCAGUUACCUCAUCUGCCACCUCUCAGACUCCUGCACUCUGUGGUACAUGGACGGCCUGGUGGUAGGGGCUGCUUCAGGAGACCAGCUUACUCCAGCUCUCGUGGCUUGCAGGCGGUUGCUGUGUCAGGGGGAGUUUUCAGAUAAACUGUGACUGAAAGAAUAUGGCUUUCCAAGGUGGAAUUCAGGCUGAGGACGUCGGUGCUUCCCUCAGUGAGCUCUGCGUGUGUGCACACUGUCCACAGGGGUAAACUAAGAGCCACCAAAGCUCUCUGUCCUGGACCCAACCUGCCUUGAAAACAACAAGAGCAUCAAAGUGCACUUCCUCCUAAAACAUCUUCCAUCUUUCAUGAGACAGAUUCUCCAAGCAUAGGAAAAGCAGACCCGCAAUUAUGGAGCAAGACAAUGGCACUAUCCAGGCUCCAGGCUUGCCGCCCACCACCUGCGUCUACCGUGAAGAUUUCAAGCGACUGCUGCUACCCCCGGUAUAUUCAGUGGUGCUGGUGGUCGGCCUGCCUCUAAACAUCUGUGUCAUUGGCCAGAUCUGUGCAUCCCGCAGGACCCUGACCCGUUCCGCCGUGUACACCCUGAACCUGGCACUGGCGGACCUGCUGUAUGCCUGCUCACUGCCCCUACUUAUUUAUAACUAUGCCAGAGGGGACCACUGGCCUUUCGGAGACCUCGCCUGCCGCUUUGUACGCUUCCUCUUCUAUGCCAACCUACAUGGCAGCAUCCUGUUCCUCACUUGCAUUAGCUUCCAGCGCUACCUGGGCAUCUGCCAUCCUCUGGCUCCCUGGCACAAGCGUGGAGGUCGCCGUGCUGCUUGGGUGGUAUGUGGAGUCGUGUGGCUGGCUGUGACAGCCCAGUGCCUGCCCACAGCAGUCUUUGCAGCCACGGGAAUCCAGCGCAACCGCACUGUCUGCUACGACCUGAGCCCACCCAUCCUGUCUACCCGCUACCUGCCCUAUGGUAUGGCCCUCACGGUCAUCGGCUUCUUGCUGCCCUUCACAGCCUUACUGGCCUGCUACUGUCGCAUGGCCCGCCGCCUGUGUCGCCAGGAUGGUCCAGCAGGUCCUGUGGCCCAAGAGAGGCGCAGCAAAGCGGCCCGUAUGGCUGUGGUGGUGGCAGCUGUCUUUGCCAUCAGCUUCCUGCCUUUCCACAUCACCAAGACAGCCUACUUAGCUGUGCGCUCCACUCCCGGUGUCUCUUGCCCUGUACUGGAGACCUUCGCUGCUGCCUACAAAGGCACUCGACCCUUCGCCAGUGCCAACAGUGUUCUGGACCCCAUUCUCUUUUACUUCACACAGCAGAAGUUCCGGAGACAACCCCACGAUCUCCUACAGAAGCUCACAGCCAAGUGGCAGAGGCAGAGAGACUGAAGCCCCAAGGGGAGUCCCUGAGGCACUGGCUGCAAUGUGUUUGUCACUGGGGCCAUGGUGCCUGAAACUUUCUCCCAUCCCCAAACCAUACAGAGAAGCAAAACUUGGCUCAACACGCCUGGGCCUCCAGAAUUUCCACAUCAACCAUAAAACUAAGACACCUGUGUUUCAGGGACUGGUCAAUUCACGAUUGUUAUACCAGAACUCAGGAUUUUGUUACAGGAUAACAAGUUCCGGGCCAGCCUGGUCUACUCAGUGAAACCUGGUCUCAGACAAUCAAGGAUUGGGCUAUAGCUCAGGAUGUGCUAGGCCCUGGACCAGCACUGCAAGUUCCAACAAAGGUCUUCUCCCCCGACUUUUCUUGUGUUUACAAGGUGGAGGGGACCGCUGGUGCACAGUCACGAACGUGAGGGCAAGGUCCCUUCUGUAUAAGAAGCUGGGAAAACUCACACUUGAAUCCAUUUGCCAAGACUUUUGCAUAAGAGAGGAAUAAAUGUGGUUUUGUGGUUG